AUGACUGCAGCCGCCCUGACGGUCCAUGAGCUCCGCGAAGAGCUCACCAAGCUCGGCCUCGACAGCAAGGGCGUCAAGCCCCAGCUGAGGCAGCGCCUGCGCAAGGCUCGCGCCUCUGCCUCGCCCCAACAUGACCGCGCCGAACCCCACGCCGAUCGUGCACCGCGCUGGACGCCAGAGCACGACUCGUUCCUCGUCCUCGACGUCGAGGCCACCUGCGAGGUGACCCGUCGGUACGGCUACGACGACCGCGGCCCCCCGGUCGGCUCCCCCGGCGCCUACUACUCGGCCAAGAUCACCAAUUACGACUACCCCAACGAAAUCAUCGAGUUUCCCGUGGUGCUGCUGCAGUGGAACGAGGAUCGCACCGCGCUCGAGACAAAAGACACGUUUCAGUCGUAUGUUCGCCCCGUCUGGCGGCCGAAGCUUAGCCAGUUCUGCAAGGACCUCACGGGCAUCACGCAGGACCAGGUCGACCAGGCCCCGACGUGGACCGAGGUCCUGGUCCGCUUCUACGACUUUCUGCAGAAGCACGGCCUGCUCAAGCUCAAGUCGCAGGUCCAGCCUGGGCUGUCGCAGCUGCUCGACCAGCGCCUCCGUCCCGGCGUGGCCUGGGUCACCCACGGUCCGCACGAUCUCCGCGACUUUGUCAUCAAGCAGUGCUGGAUCUCGGGCCGCAACGACCGCGUCCACUUUGGCGCGCCCCCGCUCUUUAUGCGCGGGCCGCUGGUCGACGUCCGCAAGGGCAUCUCGACCCUGUUUGACUGGGAGGUCGAGUACCUGACCAAGGCCGCCAGGGCCACCAAGAAGGCGGGCCACAACGACGCUGCUCCGACCAAGGUCGAGUUUGGCGGCGACGACGGCUUCCAGGUGGUCGCUGCGCCCUCGACCCACGUGCGGCCCGCCGCUGCGCCCGCUCUCACCGCCGGAGGCCUGACCAAGCAGGACCUCUCGCUCAAGGGCUUGCUCGAGCUGCUCGGCCUGGGAGCCUUUGAGGGUCGCGAGCACUGCGGCCUCGAUGACACCCGCAACGUCGCCCGCCUCGUCGUCGAGCUGGGCCGCAGGGUCGCAGCCAUGUCGCGCGGGGAGGAGAUCCUCUUCCAUCGCAACGUCGACGAGGCCGGCCAGGGCGCUGCCGCCGUCGUUUCCUCCGCCGAUCAGGAGGUACCAUCGUCCUCGGCCUCGUCCGGUACCCACGCCGCCGCACCGCCCUCGCCACCGGCGCGCGGGCCGUCCCGGCGCAGCGUGGAGAAGGCAGGCAAGAUGGAGCGGACGUGCCUGACUCCCAAUAUCCGCACCGACCGAGUCGAGAAGCGGUGGCGCUUCAUGGGCAAGACGGUCGGCGUCGUCGUCUGGAAAUUUCCGCCAGAGGACGAGGGGCAGCCUUGCGCUGCUUCCGCCGCCGCGCCGUAG